CACGGCCUUUGGGCUGAAUAGCCUUUUCCUGUAACAUUCCACAUGCAGCAGGUUGCUGUGUUCGAUCAGAAACUGUGAUGUUUGAUCAUGCAGCUAGUAAAACUGUUGAACACAGACUUGUUGGACGGUGGUUCUUAAUCUGAAAAUUGUAGGAAUGUUGUUUUGGAGUGGAGAAAGGUUCAUGGAGGUAUUUUGUGAAGCGACUUGGAUAAAGGAACAAGUUGGAUGAACUGUAUGCCUUAUUCCUAACUGUUUCGACUCUGUUAAUUGCUGUCUAAGUGGAGAGGUGUGAUUGUGUCACCAGCCAUGCCGACUGUGGUCUUACUGGAUGUUUCUCUCUCCAUGACCCGGCCUGUGUCUCUGGAAGGCACAGAGGAAUAUCAGCGCAAGCACUUGGCUGCCCAUGGACUCAGCAUGCUGUUUGAACACAUGGCAACCAAUUACAAACUGGAGUUCACCUGUCUAGUGGCUUUCUCUUCACUCUGGGAGCUCAUGGUUCCCUUCACCAGGGACUACAAUACUCUGCAGGAGGCACUGAGUUCUGCGGAUGACUAUGACAAGACUUGCCUGGAGUCUGCACUGAAUGGCAUCAGUAACAUUGUGCAGGAUGAGUGGGGUGUCUGCAUCCCCUGUCAGGUGAUCCUUGUAACGGAUGGGAGUCUGGGAAUAGGUCGAGGAUCACUUCGCCAUUCCCUCUCUCUCCUCAGUCAGCGCUCCGAGGACAGCAAAUUCCCACUGCCUUUUCCUUUUCCUUCAAAGUUGUACAUAAUGUGCAUCGCUAACUUGGAAGAGCUGCAGACCACAGAUACAUUGGACAUUCUGGAACGUCUUAUAGAUUUAAAUAAUGGCGAGGGUCAGAUCUUUACUAUUGAUGGUCCUCUCUGCCUGAAAAAUGUGCAGUCCAUGUUUGGCAAACUGAUUGACCAAGCCUACUCUCCUUUUCAUGCUGUGCUGAAAUGUGGUCACCUGGUAUCAGACAUGCAGAUGUUUCCGAGACCAGAACCUGUCAUCAUUGAUGAAGAACUGGAGCCUGUUCCAAAGACAAUCAACACAGAGCUGGAUAUCGUGGGAUUUAUAAAAAUCGCAGAUAUUGCCAGUCCACCUGUCCUUUCUCGUCAUUUGGUUUUACCCAUAGCCCUCAAUAAAGAAGGUGAUGACCUGGGGAGCGGGUUACCUGAAGAAACUGAAGAUGAAACUUCUGCUUCUCAAGUUGCUGGAAAGAUGCCAUCAUUUUGCGUUUUGCUGCAUGGCAGCCUCAAAGUAGAAGGGAUGGUGGCUAUAGUGCUGCUCGGACCAGACUGGUAUGGGAUGCUGUAUUCUCAGGCUGAUAGCAAAAAGAAGUCCAAUCUGAUGAUGUCUCUGUUUGAGCCUGGUCCGGAGCCGCUUCCUUGGCUUGGAAAGAUGUCGCAGUUGGGGCCCAUUUUGGAUGCUGAGGAAAAUCCCUAUGGUGAAGAUGACAGCAAAAGCCCCUUCCCCCUACAGCCUAGGACAAAGCGCAGCUAUGCUCAGAAUGUCACUGUAUGGAUUAAACCCAGUGGACUGCAGACUGAUGUUCAAAAGAUCUUAAGAAAUGCUAGGAAACUUCCAGAAAAAACACAAACAUUUUAUAAGGAACUAAAUCGGUUGAGAAAAGCAGCGCUAGCGUUUGGAUUUCUGGACCUACUGAAAGGUGUAGCUGAUAUGUUGGACCGUGAAUGCACACUCCUCCCAGACACAGCCCAUCCUGAUGCUGCAUUUCAACUCUCCCAUGCUGCCCAGCAGCUAAAGUUGGCCAGCACUGGGAACUCAGAGUACGCAGCAUAUGAACACAACAUUGCCCCUCUGCAGACAGACUUCUCCAGCAGCAGUGCUGACAGAAUAUGAUUAGAACAGAAACUGUAUUUGGUUCACUUUUGAGGACCUACUUUUUAAAAGCAACGAUUUGCUGGAAGUGCUGUGCACAGAGAUACAGCAAGGGCCAUGAGGCUGUUUUAAAAAAAAACACUGCUGUAAAGUUUACUUGGGAUCAUAUAGCACCAAAAGAAAAUCUUUUUUACAAAAUCUAUUUUUUACUAAGCUGUCUCUUUGGGUUAUUGUAAGAAGAAGAAAAUAUCCAUUGUUUCUUUUCACCACACAACCUAGGUAAAAGGAUAUGUUGUACUGUACAUUUGUGUUCUUUCUCAACAAGUUCUUCUAAGUUUUCAGUACAGACCAACGAGAAUGAAACAGAUCACUUGCCUUGUGUCUGAGACUGUACGUUUGGAUUUAUGGAUGGGACUGCCAGUUUAGCAUGCUGGUUACUUGGUACAACUCCUUUUGGCUUAGAGUUGAGACUCAUACAAACGAGCUAUGCCACAAAUCUGAAUGAUUCAUUAAUCAUCUGAUUUUUGCACUGCCUUGUUUAUGACCAGCUGUAACAAUUUAAUUCCACUAAUUUCAGUGAUGUAGGGAGUGGUAUGCUUUCAAAAUGUGUUUUUGAAUGAAAGCCUCAUGUUAUAUUAAUAUUUACAGCAAUACAUUCUGGAUUAGUCAUACUUAAAAUUCUGAAAUUGAAUGGGUUCAGUGAACGUUUCUGUGGAAGAGACUGUAUGAUGUAAAGCUGUGCAAUCCUUAAGUAGUUCUGCAGUCGUUAAAGGAGGCAGCUAAUUAUUGGAGCAUGUCCUCAGCUGCAAAGAUAAAACAGUUUAUCAACUUAAUCAGCAGAACACAGUUGCAUGUUUGAAGUCCAGCUUAUUAAUCUUGCAGAGGUGUUUUAUUUAUUUAUUUUUAGUGCUACAGUAACUGAAGUUAUUUUAAGUGAACUACUGUUGAGCAGCCUGAUGACAGCUGUAUCUUUAUUGGGUUUGACUCACUGCUAGUUACACACAAAUGGUGCAUUUUCUCCGAAACCAAAAUCUUGUUUUCAUAAACUGAAGCAGAGUUAACAUCUACAGGUUCUUGCUUGCUAAACCAUCAACUUUGAAUUGUUAUCACAGUGAAUUAAAAAAAGCUUGUGUGGUUUCCUUCUGCUGGAGCUGUGAACUUGAA